CAUUUAUCGCGGUUAUUAUCUUUUCACACUAGUCUGUGAAGUACACGAAUACCCGGGACUAAGACGAUGUCGACGGUGUAAGAUGGAUAGUUACCUGUACCCGGCAUUGUAUUAUGGCCCUUAUCAUCUGCUCCGUUUUGUCGAUUCAUCUUCGCUGCUGGCGAUGAUUCCCUGGGCCUGAGGCCGUAACCGCGGUUAUCAGCUACCGACACGUUGGAACAGCACAGACAAAACAGAGCCUGCUGUUACGGUCCGGUCACAAACGGACCACCUGGCGUCCCUCUUAGUAAUUGGAUAGGCGUGGCGGCUCAGCUAGGCGAGGCCCAUCCAUGGCGCCGGGGGUCUUCUCGCGGUGGCGCUCCUUCGGCAGCCAAAAGUCAAAGCGGGGACGUGCAAGCCCUGAUGCGCCGCUCGGAGGUGCCUCAGAAACACAGCCUGCUGACCUCCCUGCUCUGCCCCCCGCACCCCAGCCUGCAGCCUCAGCCCAGGAAGGCCCAACCCAACAGGCCGACCCAGCGCAUCACCCGGCCUCAACGGGGCCACAACUGGCAAGCGAGGAGGACUUAGAGGAGCAUCAGCAGCAGCACGAACAGGGAACAGCGCACCAGGGCAGCUGGCCGCAAGGCCCCCCAGCUGCCCUUCUCCUUCCUAACGACAUCAUCUCCUUCCACCACAACGCCUUCCCGCAACCGCAGCCGCACCGCCACAGCCUGCCUAACCCAGGCUACGUCAGCGCCAGCGCCAGCGGCGGCAUGGAGGGGCAGGCUGCGUGCGUCGGCGCCACCGCGCGCCGGCCCCUCGCUCGGCGCUCCACCUGCUCCUACGACGGCACCCUCUCCAGCAGCGGUGACCCGGACUGGGCCGCCGUGGCCGGCUCCGCCGCGGCUGCAGCUCAGCCCCAGGACGCGGUGUGGACGGCGGCGUCCGUUGGGGCGGUGCGCAUGAGGCGUCACAGCGGGCUGUCUCUAUCACAGGACGGCGGCAGCAGCUCCAUCCUCAGCGCCUACUCCAGUCAUGUGCCGUCGUCAACACCGGCUGCGCUGAGGGCUGCGGCUACCACCGGUAGCGGCAGCGGCCAUGUGCUGACGCCGCCGUACGGUGAUGCCGUACUGGGUCGGAAAAGUGGCGGGAGCGGUGGUUUCGGAGCCGCUGCCCCAGAAGGUCUCCAGCCGGCGGCUGUGUUGGCCGAGUCCUCCAGCGAUGUGGUUGCGCCGGCGGCUGGAAGCAGUGGGCCUUGCAUGGGCUGUAGGGCAUCAGGUGACAGCGCCGGGCAGCUGACGGGGGACAUGGACGUGAGUGCAGGCGGCGGCUCCCAGCAGGUGAUGACGUCAGCACACGCGGCUGCCAAGUCGCUGUCGUCGCCGCCCCUGCCGCCGUCCCAAGAGGAGCGGCUUUUGCAUGCUGCGCAGCAUGCAGCUGAAAGUCACAGCUGCAUUGAACACGAGCCGUUGAUUGAGACGACGCCCUUCGUGCAAGCGCCUGCAGCGGUGCAGGGGGACCUAGGGCACUUCGCGUCUCGUAAUGAAAACACGCCCUCCGCCUUGGAAGGAGGUAAUCGUGAUGGCAGCGGUGAUGGGAGGGUGAUGGGCGAGGUAGGACGCCCGGUACCUACUGGGCUGCUGCAUUCGGCGUCGCCUCAUGCGGACGUUGCUUGCGCCUCCGAGCAGAUGGCCGACAGCGUGCAUGGCCCGACAGCCACAACUGGUCGUGCGGCCGCACGCUUACGCAUACCUCGGCUGCAGUUGCCGUCGUCAUUCCCAUUUGAAGCGCAGGACAGCGUGGGAGGUGCCCCCAGCUGCGAAAACAUAAGCCCCGCAGGCGCCCCCACUUCUGCUGCAGUCCCGGCUCGCUUCAGCAGCGUGGCAUUUGAGGACGAGGGGGUGCAGGGCGGUGAGGUUACCGCACGCACUUGGGCGUUCCGGUCCUACGGCGGCGAUACCUUGGACAGGGCCCUCGGCGCCAUUACGGAUGGCACCCCGGGAACCGGCGGCGCCGGCAGCGUCUUCCGUAGCAUGGCGCGCCAGAUCAGCGCUGGCAACGCAGAUGGCUUUCGCAGCGGCUCUGAGGAGGAGGACGAAGGGCUGGGGAUUGCCUCUGGCCUCCUCCGCCACCGAUCCAGCGUCGUUGCGGGCAGCGCCGCCGGUGGCGGCGGCGGCUCCGGAGCCACCGCGGCCGCAUUCCUGCAGGCGGCUGCCGCUGCCGCCGUCACAGGCAGCCCCCAGGACUCGAGCUUCAGCCCCAGCUUCCCCUCCGCGACGCCCUUCGGCCCGCCGGCAUCUGGGCUGGCUGCCAUGCAUCGCCGCGCGUUGCGUCAAGCGGUGGCCAGCCGCUGGCGCGCCGCGCUGCAGGACGCGCAACGCCAGGCCUCCCAACCCGCCUCGCCCAUCUCGCAGCCCUUGCAUGAAGAGUCGCUGCUAGCGAGGUCCCUGGGUCGCGACUCGCCCCCCUCCAUGUCCAUGCCAGGCAGCCCCUCCGGCGUCGGGGUCAAGCAAGGCAGCUUUCCCGGCUAUUCCGUCGCCGGUGAGGAAUCCGCAUCGCCGGCCGGUUUGCCCACUGCCGGAAGCGAGGGCAGUCCUCGGCCCGCAUCCCUGCCGCUGGUCGCCGCCUUGCGGGUGGCGGAAGGCGGCGCCGGCGUGCCGGGGGGUGUCGCGGGCCGAGCAGUGAGCCGCUCCAUGUCGUUGUCACGCCACCGAACGCUAACAGUAACCGUUCCGUUGGGGAAUGCAUCUACAGCCGGCUCAUGUGACAGCCCUGUAAGCCGCCCUGCAAGGUCUCCUUUCGGCCGCUCCAUCUCGAUCGGACCCAGAUUGGCCGGGGGUGCGGCAGGCGGCGCGGCCGGCGCCCCUGCUCCCAGCAUGCUGAGCCGCCUUCCUCCACACAGCCGGGGCAGCUUUUCAAGCGAUGUCGCCACAGCGGCGGCUUCCAUGCCCGACGCCGCUCUGCCUGCUGCUGCCAGUGAGAAUGAGGCGGUCGCUGAGGCGCUCGCGAGCGCGGACCCGCCUUGCGAGGCGGUGGCGGUGAUUGCGGAUGGUGCAGGGUCGAGAGGCAAGCGCGCAGCGGAGGUGCAUGGUGCGCGCGGUAACGCAUAUCCAAGCCUGCCCUUUGAGUUCGAGCGGGUAUCGGAAGCAGCAGCGGAAAUAGAAGCCGAUGCACUGCCGGAGGCAGCUGCUGCGGCUACCUCGCUUCCUGCUUCCGAGGACGAGAGCAGCAGCUGCUGCCGCCAAGCAGCGCCCCGCGCCGAGCAGGAGCGGGAGGAGCCGGCAGGUGCCUCCCAGCUGCAUUCAGCGACCCAUGAUGUCACCAUGGGGGGAGCUGCCUCGCACGAUUCCGCCUCUCCCGGGUUCCUCAUGCCGCGGGGCCGGCGGUUCUCUAGCGCUGCGGGCUCGGAACGGGCUGACAGUGCUGGUGAUGGGGUGACUGCCGCCUUGGGCACGCGACUGCCUGCAACCACCGCACGGAUGCUGACGUUCGCUGGACUGGCGCUGGUGGUGGUGGUGGUGUUGGGCUGGCUGCUGGCGAUGGUGGUUGCCUCGGUAGUUCGCAGCGCGCUGAUCAGUGUCAGCAUUACGGCUGCGGCUGCGGCAGCCGUUGCAUGGGCAAGCACCAGGGCCGCUGCUACCACCGUGUACGACAGGCGUACUACGACGGGAGGUCUCCUCCGGGGCGGUUCGUACAGCGCCCGCGGGCUCUUGCGUUCUGUGCUGCUGGCGUUGGCGGAUGCGGUGGAACAACCCCACAUGGAUGUUGCCACCGCCGGCAACAGCAGCAGCAGAGGCACCAGCAGGAGCAGCAGCAGGAGCAACAGCAGGAGCAACAGCGCCCUUGCCCUGGUGCCGGAACAGCAGGAGCAGGGGCAGGAGCAGCCGGCUGUGGUGAUGGAGGCGGCCGAGGACCUGGGCGCGGAGCCAGCUCCCUGGACGGCUACCCCUCUGCUUAUUCAGCAGCACGCGGCGUUAUCUCAGAUCAAACUGCAGCUGCUGGCUGCGGGUGACGUUGCGGGUGUCGUACGGCAGCUGUCACGGCACGCAGCCGGCCUGUACGAGGGUUUCGGCGUGUACCUACUCAUGGCGUUACCCAGCGACGGCGACGAGCAGACGAGCAGCAACGGCUACAUCUCUGCCAACGAUGCCGCCGCUGCUGAGGGUGCUGCUGCUGCUGCUUCAGCUGCUGGCAGCUCGGCAAUGGUAGUGGAGCUGGUAGCCAGCAGCCGGUUACGGCCAUGGAUUGCCAAGAAGGAGCGGAAGGAGCCAUCAGCAGAGGGGCUCCUCACCAUCAGUGUCGACGGUGGCAGUGAGUGUAGCGGGAACGGCAGCAGCGAUGCCGGCAGGAACGCGGAAGCGCAAGGCGAUGCACUGGUGGCGUUGCAGCAGCUGCCGUCGCUGCUGACCUGCUUGCAGGAGCGAUCUGCGGCUUGCUUCGCGCACGAUCCCUCGGCUGAUGAGGACGCUGCUGCUGACACAGCGGCGGAGACAGUUGAUGCCGAAGCGAAAGGCAGCAGCAGCAGCAGCCCCGUUCCUACUGAAGAGGUUGAUGCUGUUACUGCUGUCGACAGCAGCGUUGCUGGUGGGGUCAGCCAGCCACCACCAGCAACAGCAGCAGCGGCCGCUCCCGGGGAUGAGGCAUCCUGGGCACCCGACGACGUGUUGCAGCUUGCCAGCCGGUUGGGCGCCUCUGGGGUGCUUGUGGCGCCGGUGGCGUGCAUGGAGUACGGAUUCGGGCUGCUGGUGGUGGCCCGGCCCGCUGGCGGCAGGGGCGGCGAGGGACAGGCGGAGGAGGGCGGCAGAAGCAGCAGGGACGCGGCAGGGGUGCCACCGCCUGCGCUGCCGCUGUUUGAUGAGGAGUUGUUCGACCUGACAUGCUGCCUGGCGGAUGAGCUGGCGGCGGCGUUGUACCUGAAACACGUGCAGGCCGAGCUGGCCGUCAUGGAGGUCCUCAUGACUGACAUCAUGCCGUACGAGGCUAUCCAACUGCUCAAGCGCCGCUUCCAGCGCACCCUGGACGCCUCGCGCGCCACCUCGCUCACCGCCGCUAUCAUCGCGGGAGCCGGCGUCAGCGACGACAACAGCAGCGAUGCAUGCACGGCGUACGGCUCGCCGCCACAGCUGCCACAGCAGCAGCAGCACCCGCCGCUGUUGCGCACACGUAUGAGCUCGUUUGGUGCUCCGGCGGCCAUGCACAGCUGCCGCUCGCUGUUCCCCGCCGCGUCGGUUCAGGGCGCGGAGGUGGUGGUGGGAGGCGCGGCAGAAGAAGAAGAAGAAGAAGCUGUGGAGGGGCUGGAAGGCAGCGGAGCUUCUGUGGACUUGAGCGGCAAGCUGGCUGCGCAUGCGGAUGUGGGUGUGGAUGUGAAUGUGGAUGUAAAUGCUGAGGGCGCAGCACUAGCAGAGCUGCCAGAUGGCGCAGCAAGGGUGUUAUCGGCGGUGGUUGCAAGCGCCUCGAGCGGCCCUCACAGCAGCAUGCAGCAGCCGGGAGAAGGGCUGUUCGAUAGCUCCAGCAUGAACCUUGCCAGCCUUCUGCUUGGAAAUCACAUUGAGGAGAAGAAGCCCCAAGGGUUCGGAUCUAAUGAGGGCGAUGAGAGUGAUGAUGACGAUGAUGAGAGUGAGGGUGAUGAUGAUGAGGCAUUCCCGAAGGUAACGGUGGCAGUUGAAGUGGUGGACAUGGGGAGCAGUCCCAUGGGUCACCUUGCCUCGGCCACUGCGCCACCAGACGGCAGGCAGGGGCCGCUGCCAACCGCCGCGUCCCGUGCGAAGACGCUGGGCCCGCCUCGCCCGCCCUCGAGCUUCCGCUGGCACCGCAGCCCCUCACUCCAAGGGCUGGGAGGCGCCUCCUGCACAUCCCCCUCCCCAGCAGCUGCCUCCGCCGCCUCUGCCGCCGCCACCGGCUCUUCAGCCGUUCCGUGGUUGCUCAUGUCGUCCAGGAGUACCAGUGGGGAGCUGUACGGCAACACAGCAGCCGACUGGGCUACAAGCAGCGGCGUCGGCGUCGGCGGACCCGGCGGCGCCGGUGCCAAGACGUUGCGUCGGAACUCCCAUUGCGGCGGCGGCGGAGGUGGCGGCGGGGCCGCCAGCGGGCCCUACGCCUCCGCCGCCGCCGCCGCUAUCGCCUCAGCGGCAUGCGGCUUGACCAGCGGCGGCAUUGGCUUGUCGCUCCCAGGCAUCGACGAGUCUCAUCCUGGAGCUGAGGAGGCGGCUGCUGCUGCCGCCGGCGGCGGCGGCGGUCAGAGCGCCAACAGCAGCAGCGGCAGCAGGGCGGUGGGCAACCUGCUGUCGCCGCCGCUGACCAGCCGUACGGCACGACUGCCGCUUUGCUCACCCGGACACAGCAGGACUAGCUGCGGUGGCGUGUUGGGUCUGCCGUCGUCAGCAUCCAUGAGCCGUGUCUGUGGUAGUGCUAGCGGCUUUGGGGGCGGCGGUGGUGGUGGUGGUGGCGGUGGUGGUCAGCCUCCGUUGGAUUCGCCGCUGCUGGGUUUGAGGCGCAUGCGCAGUCGCAGUGGCAGCGGCGAGCAGCAAGCGGCGCUGGAGGUGCCGUACAAGCAGUGCCAUGCCGCCGUCAGUGUGCUGUUCGCCGACAUUGUGGGGUACACGCACAUGUCGGGCGCGCUGGAGCCGGAGCAGGUGAUGGGACUGCUGCACUCGCUGUUCUGCCGCUACGACGAGAUGCUGGGGCCGCUGGGAGUGUACAAGGUCGAAACUAUCGGGGAUGCAUACAUGGCUGCCACGGGGUUGCUACAGGAGGCGCCCAGCCAUGCAGCAGACCUGGUGCAGUUCGGGCUGGGCAUGAUCCGCGCGGCGGCCGAGGUGCGCAACCCCGUGACCGGGGAGCCGCUGCGCAUCCGCGUGGGCAUCAACAGCGGCCCCGUCAUGAGCGGCAUCGUGGGGGCUUGCCGCGCGCGCUACUGCCUGUUUGGUGACACCGUCAACACGGCCAGCCGCAUGGAGAGCACGGGGGUGCCGGGCACCAUUCAGAUCACCCAAGACACCUACCUUGCCCUUCCUGAGGCCGCUCGGUCACAGUGGAGCUGUCGCGGGGAGGUGGAGGUGAAGGGCAAGGGCCGGCUGAAGACGUACCUCCUGAACACGGAGCCGCCGCUGCGGAACGAGGAAUAACACACGUAUACACACGUACGUUUCUCUUCGCGGCCAGUUAGUUUAACACACGUAUACACACGUCAACUUGCAAGCGUACCUGCUGGUGUUGCAGCAGGCAGCAGUGCUGCCAGGGGCCUUGGUUGGUGGCUUCCUGCUCGGCUGCUGGUUACUGGUUAAGUCGGCGGGUCUUGUUGUGCGUGCGCACAGUUGGCUGCUGCUGUAGCACAUUGCAACUUCUUGCAAUGGCAAAGAUUGAAGCACCGGUAUUACCGUAGCAACUGAUGUGACUCAUGGGUGACAGGCAUCAACAUGUAGCCUCGCGUGAGGAGGCGCAUGCAGCGUGAAUAGCGUUUGGAAAGGUGAAGGUCGGUAACACAGCUGCACUUUUAGGAUUUGCACGAGGCAGAUGGCAAGGCGUUUUUCGCAAGGGCUUAUCCCCAUGGUUUGCCUGGGUCAGGGACACCGAUACUGCACUGUCGCCCCAAGCAUGCGCCUGUUCUUUUGGACUCCGUGAGGCAUUAAGCCCGUGGUUGGGACGUGUGGGGUUGAGCCACAAGGGCGGUUUUGCUAUGAUGACCCAUGGGUCACGGGCAUGCUCGCUGCUACCUUGAUUUGCAUUCUCAUUUCCGUUUGAACGUAUUUGGAGGCGGUUUUGAUCGCGCGUUCGUGUUUGCAUCAAGCAUGGUUGUUGUUACGUUGGGGGGGACGUGGCUAAGCAUCCCAACUCCACGCCUGAAGUGCGGCUACAGCUUUUGCAGUGCUAUGGUUGCCGUACCUCUAUGGCAGUGCCGUAGCUGCUGUCACUGCCUUCUUUGCGUGAUCCCCCAGAACCUUUGCUGUGAGUCCAACAUGUGGUGAUCUUGUGGCUUUAUGGCUUGCGUUCUAGCUAGCAGUGUACCAGUAUGUAUAUUGUUAAGAAGAAACGUUUUGCGACGCGUGCUAGCGUGUUUACGCGCGAAGUAGGCUUUGGAAUCCGCACCCAAUGAUGAAGCCAGGUAAGAAAAAUCUUCGAAGCAAAGCAGUACCGGAAACUAUUUAAGUUGUAGAGGUGUUCACUAGGCUGAGCCCCGCGGGUUCACCUUACGUAAGUAUGGGAGCCGCCGUAACCGUAGCAGCAGGUUUAUGUGAUCUGGUUUUCCGCCUAAGCGGUCAUUGCGUCUCGUCUUGCAGGUGUCUUAACGCUUGUCCCGCUUUCCGCUAUCCACUUUGCUUUUCCCAAGGUCGAAAAGCCCCACUAUGCUUUACUGUUUUGUUAUGGCGCGGCUUUGCAGAGCUGUUUCAUACUGUGCCCAUGUCCUAGCUAGGCAGGCGCUUGGCCCGCAAUCUCGUUUCGCAAAGUGGUACUGUCACUCAAGAAGUUAGAAACAUCUUCAUUUGUGGCGUGUAAGGUGCUCCGCGCGUCUUAAUGGUGCGGUCUGCAGCGGCCGCCGCGUGUCUUGGGGCAACAACAGCACGCUGCAUGCGUGCACGCAGCUGCCUUCCUGCGUGCGUGUUGUUGUUGAUUGGGGGUCAUGCUGCUGGGUCGGUGAUGAACGCGCGCGUGCGUGCAUGCGCUUACAGAAGAUGCGCGUGUAUAGGGUGUUGUGGGUGCUUACAUGCUGCUGCUACAUCCGACUGCUGAUAUGCUGCUACAUCCGACUGCUGAUAUGCUGCUACAUCCGACUGCUGAUAUGCUGCUACAUCCGACUGUUGUGUGCUUCGGCGCUGGCAAGGGGCGGCUCAUGAGACUGCUCUUAAGGCCGCGGGCAGGUGUGCGCGUGUGUGUGUUUCCAGAAAGGUAGACGCGAAGGAGAAGAUGCUGUGAUUGUCGGAAGGUGAAAUCCCCGCCGACAACGCCACGACCGAAGAUGAGGAUGAGGAUGUAUCGUUGGUAAGGUAUAUGCUGCUGCUGCUGGAAGUGAGUGGGCCGUAUGAAGCAAUCUCGUAAAGCGACCAGACCGAUGGACCGUAGUGUGCGUGUGGGGGGGGUUCUGUCAUUGACUCUUGGGCGCUGCUUGGAUGUUGCUGA